UAUAUGAGUGUGAAGGAGCUGAAGGAGGCACUGCAGCUCAACAGUACUCACUUCCUCAAUGUCUACUUUGCCAGCUCAGUGCGGGAAGACCUUGCAGGUGCUGCCACCUGGCCUUGGGACAAGGAAGCCAUCAGUCACCUGGGUGGUGUUGUCCUCAACCCGUCCUACUAUGGCAUGUCUGGCCAUACCAACAUCAUGAUCCACGAGGUGGGGCAUGUCCUGGGACUCUACCAUGUCUUCAAAGGGGUCAGUGAAAGAGAAUCCUGCGAUGACCCCUGCAGGGAGACAGUGCCAUCCAUGGAUACGGGAGACCUCUGUGCUGACACUGCCCCAACUCCCAAGAGUAAGCUGUGCCAGGACCCAGAGCCUACCAAUGAUACCUGUGGCUUCACCCACUUCCCAGGGGCUCCAUUCAGUAACUACAUGAGCUAUACAGAUGAUGACUGCACUGACAACUUCACCCCUAACCAAGUGGCCCGAAUGCAUUGCUAUUUGGACCUUGUAUAUCAGCAGUGGAGUCAAAGCAGAAAGCCCACCCCCAUUCCCAUCCCACCCAUGGUCAUCGGGCAGACCCACAAGUCCCUCACUAUCCACUGGCUGCCUCCAAUUAGUGGAGUUGUGUAUGACAGGGCCCCAGGCAGCGUGUGUGGGGCCUGCACUGAAGAUGGGACCUUCCGUCAGUACGUGCAUACAGCUUCCUCCCGGCGCGUGUGUGACUCCUCAGGUUACUGGACUCCAGAGGAGGCUGUGGGGCCUCCAGAUGUGGAUCAGCCCUGUGAGCCGAGCUUACAGGCCUGGAGUCCCGAGCUCCACCUGUACCAUAUGAACAUGACGGUCCCCUGCCCUUCGGAAGGUUGUAGCCUGGAGCUGCUCUUCCGGCACCCAGUCCAAGCCGACACCCUCACCCUGUGGGUCACCUACCUCUCCAUGGACUCCUCCCAGGCACUCUUUGAUACGGAGAUCUUGGUGGAACACCAGGAGUCUGUGCAUCUGGGCCCCUUAGACACUUUCUGUGACACCCCCCUCACUAUCAAACUGCACGUUGAUGGGAAGGUCUUGGGGGUGAAAGUCUACACCUUUGAUGAGCGGAUGGAGAUUGACGCAGCUCUCCUGACUUCUCAGCCCCACAGUCCCUUGUGUUCUGGCUGCAGGCCUGUGAGCUACCAAGUUCUCCGGGAGCCCCCAUUUGCCAGUGGCUUGCCCAUGGUGGUGACACAUCCUCACAGGAAGUUCACGGACGUGGAGGUCACACCUGGGCAGAUGUAUCGGUACCAAGUUCAAGCUGAGGCGGGAGCAGAACUGGGAGAAGCUUCGCCUCCUCUGAGCCACGUCCACGGAGCCCCUUACUGUGGAGAUGGGAAGGUAGCAAGGAGCCUGGGAGAAGAGUGUGAUGAUGGAGACCUUUUGAAUGGAGAUGGCUGCUCAAGAGCAUGUGAACUAGAGGAAGGCUUCAACUGUGUAGGGGAGCCAAGCCUGUGCUACAUAUAUGAGGGAGAUGGAAUAUGUGAGCCUUUUGAGAAGGAAACCAGCAUCAUAGACUGUGGCCUCUAUACUCCCAGAGGAUACCUGGAUCAGUGGGCUACCCAGGCUUACUCCUCUCAUGAAGACAAGAAGUGUCCUGUUUCCUUGGUAACUGGAGAGCCCCAUUCCAUGAUUUGCACGUCAUACCAUCCAGAUUUAGCAGAGCACCGUCCCCUGACUGGCUGGUUUCCCUGUGUCACCCGUGGAAAUAGACCUCAGGAUGAAGGGAGUGAGUGGCCAGAAGGUAGCCUGGAGAGAGAGGAUGAGGUUUGGCUCAAACUAGAGUCUUCUGUGGUCGAAGAGUAUAUUCUUUGUGGUUUUAAUUCUUUGUAA